AUUAAAUUCAAACUACAAAAACUGCCACAAUGUAGUUUAUAAACUACAUAAUUUAUAAAUCAUGUUUUCAAAAUAAGGUCCCACAUCCUAAAAUGGUAUAUCACGCGAAACAAGUUUCGUUUGAAUACAAGAGAACAUUUUUCAUCGACUAUGAACGAGAUACCUUCAUGAUGGAUGGAAAACCAUUUCGUUUCGUUUCCGGAUCCUUCCAUUACUUCCGAGCAUUGCCGGGCUCUUGGGGCCAAAUUUUGCGAUCGAUGCGAGCGGCUGGUCUAAAUGCGGUUAUGACCUACAUCGAAUGGUCUCUCCAUGAGCCCACAAUGGGAACCUACAUUUGGGAUGGUAUUGCAAACCUGGAGCAGUUUAUACAAAUUGCUGAAGAAGAAGAUUUAUAUGUCAUUCUAAGGCCAGGUCCGUACAUUUGCGCCGAACGGGACAUGGGUGGAUUCCCCUACUGGUUGCUGACAAAAUAUCCUAAUAUAAAAUUGCGAACGUCUGACCCAGACUACUUGAAAGAGGUGGCAAAAUGGUAUGGCGAAUUGAUGCCCCGAAUUCAAAAGCACUUGUAUGGCCAAGGAGGACCAGUUAUAAUGGUUUCGAUUGAGAACGAGUAUGGCUCAUUUGCAGCAUGCGAUCGAAACUACCUAGCAUUCCUGAAGAAUUUAACGGAAAGUUAUGUCCAAAACCAUGCUGUUCUCUUCACAAACGAUGGUCCUGAGCAGUUGCAAUGCGGUACCAUUCCCGGUGUCUUAGCCACAUUGGACUUCGGAACAACUAAUCGACCCGAUCGCCAUUGGCAAAAGUUACGCGAAUACCAACCUCGCGGGCCGUUGGUGAAUGCCGAAUUUUACCCAGGGUGGCUAACCCACUGGAUGGAACCAAUGGCCCGCGUGGCUUCAGAACCAAUCGUAUCUACUUUGAAGGCGAUGCUGAACCAUGGAGCAAAUGUAAAUUUUUACAUGUUUUUUGGUGGAACUAAUUUUGCAUUCACGUCUGGUGCAAACGACGGUGGACCCGGAAAUUUUGAUACCGAUAUCACGUCAUAUGACUACGAUGCUCCGCUGGACGAAGCCGGUGACCCUACCACAAAAUACUACGCUAUCCGAGAUGCAGUUCUUGAAUUUUUACCAGAUCCUGGUGUGCCAGUGCCUGUAAAACUUCCGAAAAUGAAACUUGAAUCUGUUCGUUUGCAAUCAUACGGAUCACUACUGUCAAAUUAUGCUCGGAGGAUGUUGUCAAAAUUUUCAUUUAGCAGUGAAAAAACAUUAGGUUUCGAAGCCCUCAAUCAACAUUCGGGUUUAAUACUAUAUGAGACCUACAUACCCAAGCAGUUACGACGUGAUCCGAUGCUUUUGAAGGUAGAAGAUCUAAAAGAUCGUGCGUACGUUCAUGUGGAUGGUAUACUCAUAGGAAUAUUGUCCCGAGAAAACGCCAUUGACUCUAUCCCCAUAAGCUUGGGUAUAGGAAAUCGACUGCAACUGAUGGUGGAAAACCAGGGACGUAUUAAUUUCCGAAACGCUAAUGACUUCAAAGGGAUUCUGGGUACCGUUAUCUUAAAUGGAGCAAAUGAGCUGACGAACUGGAAUAUGACCGGUUUCCCGCUUGAUAAUUAUCUUUUACUGCAGGACUACAUAGAUCAAUACAGUGAACACGAUUUAAAAGUGAAAUCAUUCUCUUCUAUGAAUAUUUAUCACUGUGGAUUCGAAAUUUACACGAAUGAAAUCUACGAUACUUAUCUUGACACAACAGGAUGGGGCAAAGGUGUUAUCUUCAUAAACGGUUUCAACCUGGGCAGGUAUUGGCCGUUGGUCGGACCUCAGAUCACGCUGUAUGUUCCACGACAUAUUUUACGGAAGGGAAACAAUUCUAUUACAGUCAUCGAAUAUCAGAUGGAAAAACGAGGAGAUGCAGUCAUCACAUUUAGCGGAAUGCCAAAUCUAAAUGGACCAUAAGAUCAAAAUCUAAUUUAUAUUUAAAAAAAUUCAAAUUAUUUCAAUUUGGCUUCCAUGAAUACUUCAAACAUUUCAUUCCAAUAAAGAUACCGCCAAUUACAAUUGAAGUAAAGAGAUAUUUCUUGACGGAUGAUUUUUUACGAUUCUCAAUCGAAGAAGGUCGCGUAGGUUUAAGAGAUCGUCCAUUGCGAAGCGCACCAAUCAUUUGUCCCAUCUCAGUUGCUUUAGCUUGCAGUUUUCGAGAAACUGCAACAGUAUAUUUCGAUGCGUAGCAGUUUUCUUCGAUUUGGACAUUUUCCACGUGGUAUAAAUUAAUUCGAAGUUUUGUUAAGUCCAACAGUGUAUUGAAGCUUCCAAGAUGUGUAUCUAUGUUUGACAAUACCUCUUUAACGUAAUCAUCUCUUCUUAGAUUUGUUAUUGCCCUAGAAAAAAAAAACCUCAUUAUAUCUCAACGCACAAUAGAAUAACGCACAAUUUCUUACGAGUCAUAGUGAUCAACCUGAUUGGGUAGACUGCUUAUUUCAGAAAGCACCUCCUGGGGCACCUUUUUGUUUUUUAAUCCCAUAACAAUAAGAUCUUCUUUAGAAAGCCCCGAAAGAUGUUCAUAUUUUAUCCCAUACCUCCUGUAAAAAAUUGAAA